UGGGCUCGGUCAUGUGGCGCGCGGGUCCGUGGUUCAGCUGGUCAGGUGAUUCUCAGUCUGUGCGGAGGACUUGUCGUCGCCAUGUCCGGGCUCGAGCUGCUGUAUUCGGGGCUGGGGCUAACCGCGGCCGCCACCAUCACCGGCAUCGGAAUCUGCUACACAAUAUUUGACCUGGGCUUCCGUUUCGAUGUGGCCUGGUUCCUUACAGAGACUUCGCCCUUCAUGUGGCUGAACCUGGGCAUUGGGCUGGCCAUCUCGCUGUCAGUAGUGGGCGCUGCCUGGGGUAUUUAUAUCACUGGAUCCAGCAUCAUUGGUGGUGGUGUCAAAGCACCAAGGAUCAAAACUAAGAACCUGGUGAGCAUCAUCUUUUGUGAAGCUGUGGCUAUCUAUGGGAUCAUCAUGGCCAUCGUGAUCAGCAAUUUGGCUGAGCACUUUACUGGCACCACUCCUGAGAAGAUUACUGCUCGGAACUAUCAUGCAGGUUUCUCCAUGUUUGGGGCAGGGUUGACUGUGGGCCUCUCCAACCUCUUCUGUGGUAUAUGUGUGGGCAUUGUGGGCAGUGGUGCAGCAUUGGCAGAUGCCCAGAACGCCAGCCUUUUUGUCAAGAUCCUCAUCGUGGAAAUUUUUGGCAGUGCUAUUGGGCUCUUUGGAGUCAUCGUGGCUAUCCUGCAGAUAUCUAAAGUGAAAAUGGGUGACUAAACCCUUUGCCACCUGUCCAUCUGCCAGCUGCAGAUCCUGUACAUAUUUAUUUAAUGUCUCCUGUUGGCUUGGGGCGGAGCUUGGUGUAUAAAGUUAUUCCUGUGAUCUUCGCCCACUGGGCCAUGGAACAACCUGACCAAUUGAUGUGUAUGUGUGAGAACCUAUCUUCCUCUUUUCCCCACCUCUUUCUUGCUCCGCUUCCCCUUGAAGACGGGAGCUGGGUGCCCAGCUGGAAGGAGCCUUGGGCACUCCAGCCCUUGCACUCCUUGUGGCAACCUCUGCCACCCGCAAUGCCAUGUCCUGUGAAAUAAACUUGUUCGUGUCCCAAGUAAUUGCCCUCUUUGUGUGCCCCCUGCUGCUCUGCCCCAGCCCCUGCUGGCUCUGACAGCCCACUUCCCUGGGUAACUGGUGGCACUGGUUGAAGUUCUGGUUCUGCAGGCUGAGAGAGGUGCCCUCCUAGACAUAUUUGCUCCAUACGGGAAGGGGCAACUAGGAGUUGAAAGAUGUCACUUUUGCAGUUCUCUGAAACAUCACAAAUGAUUGGUUAUUAAAAAUAAUGGUAAUGAAAAA